GGGGCGUUUCGGCCAGGUUCACAGGUGUAAAGAGAAAGCAACAGGUCUGAAGCUGGCUGCCAAAAUCAUUAAGGCCAGAAGCACAAAGGACAAGGAGGAAGUGAAGAAUGAGAUCAACAUCAUGAACCAGCUGGACCACGUGAACCUCAUUCAGCUCUACGAUGCCUUCGAGUCCAGGAAUGACAUUGUCCUGAUCAUGGAGUAUGUGGAGGGUGGAGAGCUGUUUGACCGCAUCAUUGAUGAGAACUACAACUUGACAGAGCUUGAUACCAUCCUGUUCAUCAAGCAGAUCUGUGAGGGGAUAAGGCACAUGCAUCAGAUGUACAUCCUCCACUUGGACCUAAAGGUAGAGUGGCUUUCUAUCCUAACAAACACAGAGUCUUCCCAACUCUUCCCAAAUCAUGACAAAUAUCUGUGUGUGAAUCGGGAUGCUAAACAAAUAAAAAUUAUUGAUUUUGGAUUGGCCAGAAGAUACAAACCCAGAGAGAAGCUGAAGGUGAACUUUGGAACCCCAGAAUUCCUUGCUCCUGAAGUUGUGAACUAUGAUUUUGUCUCCUUUCCCACUGACAUGUGGAGUGUGGGGGUCAUUGCCUAUAUGCUACUCAGCGGUUUGUCCCCUUUCUGGGUGAUAAUGAUGCGGAGGACACUGAGCAAUGUCCUGGCAUGCAGGUGGGACUUGGAGGACGAAGAAUAGGACAUCUCGGAGGAGGCUAAGGAGUUCAUCGCCACUCUGAUUAAGGAGAAGAGUUGGAGAAUAAGUGCCAGUGAAGCUCUCAAGCACCCCUGGUUGUCAGACCACAAGCUCCACUCCAGACUCAAUGCACAGAAAAAGAACUGCAGCUCUGAUGUGCAGAACCUCGUGACCAAAUAGUCUACCGAAGGCACCCAUUUGAAAGGAAAACUGCUGUGGUUGCUGCUGCUUUGAGAAGACUUUUGAACACUCAGCAGUUCUGAUGUCUUGACCCCUUUAAUGACUGGCAGAGGUAGUAGGGGGAGUCCUUGAACUUGAACUUGGAGCAACUCUACUGUGUUCAGUGGGUCAUCCACUGCCUGUCCCCUGGGGGCUCAGGCAGAUCCCCACCUCCCAUCUAGUGCAGAUCGGGAAGCUGUUUCCCUGCCCUCUUGAGGUUUUUUUUUUUUUUUUAAU